UUUUAAUAUUUUUUUUCUUAGUAGAUAGUAGUAGGCUCGUCGACCAUUUCUAUCUACAUAGGAACAGACGAUUCCGCCAGUGAAUGAAUUACUUUUGACCUGUAGGAGGGUGAAACGAUAAACAACUAAUGACAUAAUUCAUUUAUCUGUUUACUGUAAGGCGAUACAUUUACAAUGUUAUUUGCAGUAUCAGUAUGAAGGAAAGUUCCAGUGGGGAGUAGGAGUUGCAUUUUAUACUGUUAGGAACAGUUUUAAAUGCAUUGGUAAAAUGGAGGGACCUGAAAAAAUGAAGGAGGGGGAACUGAAAUAUCUGUUACGCCUUCUCGACGAGCUUACGCCCAAGAUCUUUGAGGAAAUACUACAGUUCUUCUAUGACAUAGAGGAAUCCAAACCAUGUAGAGAUAUAUCAAAUGAAACCCUAGCAUUUUUGAAGCAAAACCUCAUCAGCAACCCAGUCACCACCUCCAUCAUCCUGAGGUACCUGCAGUUCCACCUCACGCAAAAUAACUUGAACACUAACAAAAUUCAGACACUGUAUCUGGAAGUGCUAGUAAAUGAUCUGUCAACAACAGAUAGCAUUGACAAAACAAUCACACUUAUGUCUUUAGUCAAAUGGGAAGAUCAAUUUAUCCCCCAAUUUACUCAACAAGUCCUCAAACUGGUCUCCGAUGACACAUACAGACAGUAUAAAAAACAGAUUCUAAUUGGUUUAGUACCCCAAGAAAGACCAGAACUGUUAAUGGUCACUUCUGAGUUUAUACAGCAGAAUGAGCCGCAGAAAGAAUUCAAAUUGACUCCAGAGUACAUGCUAGAACUCUGUUACCAAGACAAGACACACUGGCUCUUAAAGGCAGCUCAGGUGUACAAGCACCAGCUACAUGAUAUGAAGAAUGUCACAUUCAAAAUCAACAACUUCACUAAGCAAAUACUCAUAAUGGUUCUCAUAGAUCUGACUAACAGCCCAGAAACAUAUGAUUUACCAUCUCUAGUUCACCAAUUAACUAAUAUCUUUUCAAUUUUGGACACAUAUUCCACUCCUGAUGAACAGCUACAGUUCUAUAUAACAGAAGUGAAGAGAGAGUUAACCAUAAUUAAGUUUUGUUUAGAAAACAAUUGCAAAAUCAUGACCACGUCAAUAUUUAGCCAGGCUUUGACGCAAAGUGCUCUAGCAUUAAUUUCCCAAGUGUGCAGGCUACCAAAAGUAGACAGAUAUAAAGUAUCAAGACUUUUGAAUACAAACAAUGAUAUUAUAACGGAAUUAAUGACACUACAAGGGAGUACCAGGAGACCAAAAGGUGAUCAGAAUCUAAACUGGGACAUAGUGACUUACAACAGCUAUUGCGCUAUCGCUAAAAUUAUAGACACAAUACUGAACGCAGCCGAAGGUUCUGAGGAUGCUGUAGAAAUCACCUCUUCCCUAGACGAAGUAAAACGCGUGGUCUUAUCCAUACAGCCCAUGCAAGCAUGCAUCGAAGUUAUCGAGAACAUUUUCGCAUGCCUCUUCCUAAGAUACGAGUUCUUUUCUUGCCACGAACAUUACCAAGAGUUCCCCUGCGGCACCCAUUCAGACUGUUCAUACUUCUAUUCAAAAAAACAAGUGAAAAAUCCGAAAGGGAAUAAAACCGCCAGCGCUGGCUUCAUGUGUAACUCCAUGACGAUGCAGAUUGUUUUGAAUACAUUGAAACUAUGCUUAGAGUCGUUGGAAGACAAUGUGAACGCAGAAACCACAGACGGCGUGGUUAUGUCGAGGUUGAAACGCCUAGUGAAGGUUGUAAACCACUCUCUUUGGAAGCUGCAGUUAGUGUCCACUCUCCCGCCCGACACGGGUCCCUUACAACUGAAAUUGUGCCUGGAUUAUGUGGAAGUUGACGAGAGCAGCGAGGAGGAAGAUCGUGAGCUUGACGUGAGGAGUUCUAGGAGAAAGCUGCGGGUGCGGAGACGACACACGAACCCUAAGCCUGAUGUUGAUCAGGUGAUGUUAGCAUCUACUAUCUCGGCUACUGAUGAUGUGACCAGUUCCACAAAAGGAAACAUUGAUUUCAUCUCAGUAAUGUUGGCGAAACCGAACAGCUUGGUGGCAUUGGCACUCUACCACAACGAUUUCUCUAAAGCCAAUCAAAUUAUAGAGAUGUUCGAUCUAGCCGACGCCGAGAUAGCAACAGAGGUCUCGUUCACCGAGCAACUGCGCCACCUGGUGGCUAAGAUCAAAAACAUUAUUUACUACAAAGGCGACACUCCCUACGCUACCAAAGAACUGUCCGCCCUUUCUGUCGUAUCCACAGAAGUUAUGGGCUUGGUUGAAGGGUUUCUAGCUUCAAAUAGGCCUCCUAACUUUUCGUUUGACGUGAUUCAAUUAGCCGCUUGCCAUCCUCACCUACAGCUGUAUAGCCAUCAAAACGCCUCUUUCAUCAACGCUGUAGACAUUCUUUUAAGCAGCGGUCUUAACAGAGAAAUAACCUAUGGAUUAAUCAAUGUUGUCGAACGAAAACUGGCCGAAGUACGCUCGUCCACGGACGUGGCUGCCGUUAAAAAAAUCAACUACAUCAGAUUCAUCGAAGAUAUAGCCAGCGUUACCUUCGAGAUCUUUGGCAAUACGGAAAAGUCCUUCGAUUUCAUCGACAACGUGUGCGGCCUGAUCUCCGACUGCCGAAUACCGAUCAAACAUAAAGAGUUCUGCAAAAUGAACCAGCUGUCCAAAGAACUGCGUCAAUGCUGCGAGGAUUUAGCAGACAUCGUCAACCCCAACAAGACCAAUAUCGAUGCGAAUCUGUUACAGAAAUACCACCAGAUUUACAUGAACAUCGUAGCCGCCUCUGACAAAGACUUGUGUAACAUUGGAGAGGUAUCUCGACACGGAAAUAAGAAGACGAGGACGCACUACCUAAGGAUGUGCUACAUGUAUUGCAAAACAGUAUCUCAGCUGGAAGUAGAAGAGAACGCAACAACCGCAACAGAUACCUCCUACUUCACAGUAUUAGAUAAACAACUCCACGACAUAUUCGGCAGCAUGAUCAACACCAAAGAAAUUCCAGUGACGUACUUGGAGCCAAUUUGCAAGAAGCUGAACGUGAAUUUAAUACCAAAAUUGAUACUGAAUUUCUGCCCGUCGAUUAUACUGACACCCCACAUGGAAGCUAGCGAGAUGAACUUUAACAAUUUGCUUCAAGCUGUAUAUGAGUUUAAAAAUACGGAGGAAAAUUUGUUUUUGGAACCAGACACAAAUAUGGCGCCUCUUCCGCGCGCGCCUACGCCUCAAUGUCUGACUUACAUCGUCUUACACAAUUGGGUGUUAGCACAUUUGAUCAAAAAGAUCCACACAUCGCCGAACGACAACAGCUUUCAGCAGAGCAUGGACGCGAGAACGAGAUAUCUGAAUAACUAUAUGGACUUGGAAAGAUUUAACUUCACCAAGGUUCUCUUCGGAGGUAACAAGUAUUUAGCGUCUCUCCACACCACAAUUGAUCUCGACAAGUUGUUCCUGUUCUUGCCUCAGCUGAUCGAAGCUGGGAAGUUACUCAAAUGCCUGAAUAUAAUUGACGCUCUCUCUGAAAGACAAGUACUGUGCAGUGCUAAUUUGAUGAACCUGAGGGACUUAAUACUGUUCAAACUGGCGAUUCACCCGAAGAUAGAGAACAACUGGAAAUACUGUCAGUACCUGAAGUGUUCGGAGCUGAAGGUGAAUCUCAUUCUGAACAAUCUGAACAGUUGGCCCGCUGAAGGUGCUAUGGAGGUGCUGGAUUAUUUGAGGUUCCUACUGGAUCGGGAAGUAUUAGACGAAGAUUUACAUGAGAAAUGCUCCAAUUGGAUGGUUAAAAUACCACUAUAUAAUCAGAUCGCAUCAAUAAUGGGUUCCAGCCAUUGGUACAACGUUUACGAGCAUUCUAUGAACAACCCCGAGAAUGUAAUAGAAGUCCUAAUGGACAGUCAGCAAUUCCAACUGUGCCUGGACUGGGCCGAGGCCCACGAGGUCUCGGAGCACAUGAAACACUUGAUCACCAUGAAUCUCUUACGACAGCUGUUUGAAUACACGAACCAAGCCACUACUUCUCUAGUUGGUGAACUUUUGUCAAGCUUGCCAACUAGUCAGGCGAUGGAUCUCAUCCAAGAGGAAAUGUCCAAAGUCAGAAACGUCGAAAUACUCCAAGUUUGUGUAGACUUCGUCUCAGAAAACUCUUCUGAUUGGAAGUCAUUUGAAAACAUCAAGAUCGGCUUGCAGAUCAUGCUAGAAAUAGAUGUGAAUUUACGUCAAAUUUUCUGGGAGUUGAUCGAGAAACCUCUGCUGAUGCUUGAGCAAUUUCUCAUGAACGCCAAACUGGAUGUGCUUUCAGUAAUUAUUAACAAGAUCUCGAGUAAUUUGAAGAAAGAUCCAAGCGGCGACAACUUGUACUAUAACAUAAAGUUGAUAGAUAGCAUAGUAAUUUCAAGGAACUCUGUGGAUGCGUUGCUCCGUUUCUACGCCGAGAAGGCUUUGGAUAUGAACCCUAAGAACACUUGUGUUGCUCCGCCAAAACCUUCGGAGGAUUCCCUUAUGCAGUCUAUAGAUUCUAUCAACAUUGAAGCGGCGUCGCGGCCUUUCAUGAUGCCGGAACAGGUGCCCUCGAAAGAGCAAUGGGCCGAGGACUAUUCGACGGAUCGGUGUAUGGUGUGCCAGACGUCUAUAUUCUCUAUGAUCAUUCGGAGGCAUCAUUGUAGACGGUGCGGCAGGCUCGUGUGCCAUGUUUGCUCGAGGAAUAGAAUGCAGGUGCCAACAUACCCAAGCAGCGUAAAAUUCCGCGUAUGCAACGACUGCUAUACUCAAACCACCAACAAGAAACACUCCUCAGACCAAGACAACAUGAUGCUAAGCAGUAACUCUGAUUCUGCGGGCAGCGGCAUCACUUGUAUGGACUGGUGUCUGUCCAACAAUUCUGGGAGAAACGAGGCCGUUAGAGCGGAAUUCGGAUUCGAGUUUACCCCGAAUGUUACUCUGUGCUUGAGCAUUAUGAAGAUGCAUUCCAUCAGCUUGGAAUAUCCGAAAUUCCUUCUAGACAGGAGCGAUGAGAUCGCGCGCGCGCUGUCAGGCGGAGGCGACGCGCGGCUGCUGGUGCGCGCGCGCCGCUCCCUGCUGCUCGCCGCCGCCGAACUCUACUCACGCGCACCGCACGAGAUCGCUGGCAGUGGACGCGGACGCAUAGCGGAGACGGGAGCGGCGCACGCGGCGCGCUGCCUCGCGCACGCCGACGCUAUGGCCACACUUGUUCAACAACAGGCGCACCACCUCGUGCCGCGCUUACAACACCCUAGUCAAAUCGUCCGUUCCCUACUAGAAGCCGAGAAAUGGGAGCUGGCUCUUGAAAUAGCCACAAAGUCCGGGAUCCAACGCAACAGCGUGCUAGCCGCUUGGGGCAAGGCGUGCCUCAAGGCGGGGUGUUUCAAGCAGGCGCGGGAAAAGUUCGCGCACUGCUUCAAGAACACCGUGAACGUGUGUAUGGAAGUGGCCGAGGACUGCGAGUACGGGAGGGAGGCGUCUGAGCAGUUCCUGAAUAGGAGGUUGCAAGGUUUAAGACAGUCGGAACGUACCAGCUCAGUCUCAAGCACCCAGUCCGAUGGCCGGCCCCGAGUCAACCCGCCCCUGCUCAACGAGAUCAUCAGCAUGCUCGAGGACAUGAACUACCCCGUCAACCAGCACAUCCUGCACAAGGCGGAGACUAUGAAGUCUACAAACGAAAAACUAACAUCCCAAAACGCAAGCAAAAAGCGUAUCCAAGUUACCGAGCCCGCCCUCAACAUAAUGCACACACUAGCUAGCGUGAAAAAAAUCAAACAGGGCGACUACAGCGACUUUCAAACAGCCACCGUCCAGCCAAAGAAAACCCUCGCUCAAGGACUGUUACGGAGAAAUAACAACCAAGACCCCAAAGUGGACCAUCUAGUCAAAAAACUAGACCCAUUCUUUUACAAAGAAUGUGUUUACUACUUAACCAACUACGGUUCACACGUAGCUAACAUAGCGUUUUAUAUGAAGUAUAAAAACAUGUCGGAGGUGCUGACGUAUUGCUACGAUAACUUGGUGGACAAGGAGACAUUUACGGAGUCGGUGUAUAUGGAGUGUUUGAAGAAAGAUAAGGUGAAUGAGUUGUUGAAAGCCAUGAGUGAUGUGGACAGCACGCUGGAUUUGUGGUCGGAAUACAUAAUGCACAUCUGCCGCACCCUGGAAGCCACUAAGCGCCUCGAGGCGCUGUACUCGCUCCAGUGCGGGUCGGGGCAGCACGCGCGCGCCUCCGCCACAUGCGCGUUGCUGUACGCGCGCCCUGUUCGAGCCACGCCCUUCACGACACUACACAGCCGGAGCGGGACCCUAGCGGCCGCGCACCAUCAUCUCUCGCAGUGCGUGCCUGCCACAAGAACAAACGACCCGAAAUCCAUCAACUUUAACCUAGACAAAGUGACGAUAGACAACCUGAUGACCACAAUAUCCCGUCAAAUGGAGGUCGCCAAAUACUUAGCGGCGAACGAAGCGGCCGGGCGGCUACCUUUAAACGUCAUAGAUGAAGUCAUACCAAUGCAGUCUAGAAAAGACCCGGACGCUAAGGAGUUUAGACCACUUACGUUGUUUGGGUCGAAUACGGAUAAGAUACGGAUAGUCGCUUUGAUAUUGGCCACGGGGCAGUCUGUGAAAGAUGGAUUCGACCUAGCUUUCAAGGUAAUAACAGAGCACAAGCUGGACUCUAUGAACAUCUACACACAUGUAGCCAAGUACCUGGUGAACACGGACCGCUUCAUGGAGGUGAAGACUCUGGCCAAGUGCAUCAGGGAAUCCAAGGAAACCGCGUCCAGCCUGAUGAGCGACCAAGUGCUGGAGUGGGGAGUAGGGGCAGUGGUGGCGCGGUGCGAGGCGCGCGGCCAGCUGCACGACGAGCAGGCAGAGCUGCUCAUACAGCACGUAUCCAGCCUCAGCAUUAAGAUAUCGUGCUAUCUGCUCUGUCGCAACGUAAGCAAUGCGUACAUCCUAGCGGCGCGCCACGACCGCACCAACGAGCUACGGCGAGUCUUACACGAGGCCGAGCGUCUCGGACACGACCAGGUGCGCUCCGCCUGCCUCAAGCGGCUCACCUCCAAGUCUACCAUCAACUGAACUUCAGCUAAAUGUUCAAUA